AUGUCCUACCGCGGAGGAAGACGAGAGAAGGCAGAGCCCUUCGACCACCUCGUUAAGCUGUUGGUCCUAGGCGACAGUUCCGUUGGCAAGUCGAGCCUUCUUUUACGUUUCGCCGAGAAUAAAUUCGACCCGAACUUCGUGCUGACCAUCGGAGUGGACUUUAAGACAAAAGUUGUCGAAUGCGGCGGGCGACGAAUAAAACUGCAAGUGUGGGACACUGCUGGCCAGGAGCGUUUCCGCACCAUUACCCCAGCGUACUUCAGGAGCGCCAUGGGGGUCAUGCUGGUGUACGACAUUACGAAUUUGCAGACAUUUCUCAACAUUCGGCGAUGGAUGCAGAACGUUGAGGAAUACGCAGACCCGAGCAUCGUGCGCGUCUUAGUUGCCAACAAGCUCGAUCUUCAGUCCCAGAGGCAAGUUUCGCGUUCUAAGGGUGAGGAUUUGGCUCGCGAGUAUUCAAUUCCCUUCAUUGAAACGUCUGCCAAAGGCAACGUCAAUGUUGAGGAGGCCUUCAUGUACGUCACCUUCCCUACCAGCCUAUCUGCUACAUCUUUUAUUCAUUGCCGACUGAAGCAGAUUUUCGCAAAGGGGUUUCUGUGCAAAGCCUCGAACAUGCAUGCUGUGGAGGCACCUACUAUGCUUUGCUGCUCUCUGGAUGUGCUUGGAUGCAAGGUGCGCGGCGAGUAG